AUGACUCGAGCCUACAUCACGUCCAUUCCCGUCGGCGUGGUGAUGAAGAAGGCCGGCUAUUCGGGAUUCACGCAGGACUACUUCUUGGGUCGCAGUAGGGUGGAACCGGGAGACGAACUCCUCGCUCUCAUCGCCGAGCACAUCUUCCCCGACGUCGACGACCUCCUCAACAAGGAGAUAUCGGUCCGCCAUGACGCCCAGUUCGCGGUCGUCUCCCUCACGGAGACGCUUAAGCUCGAGAGGGAGCGGUCAACGGUCCAGAAGCUCGACCUCGAGGAGAAGAUCGAGAAUCGCGACGCAACCAUCGCGUCGCUCGCGGCCGAGAUAACACGCCUCACCGAGGCUCUCCGCGUUUCAGAAGCUCGAAGGAUGCCGGAGGCGCCGCCAGCUGCUAACGACCACUCGCCGAGCGACGGUGGCUCCGCGGAGUCGGCAAGCAGGGGUGGAGGAGCCAACAAACCCAAUAAACCCCCACAGACGGUCGAGGAGGCUACCUACGAGCUGAACGUGGUGCAGCCUUGGCGGACUGCAACGACCGUCAAGGACGCGUGGCGCCUCUGGACCUCGUGCACCAGCGCCGACACCCGUCGUCUGUGCGACAGGUUCAGGGAGCCGGGAUUCGUCGACCGCCACACCCUCCUCGACGGAGCCUCGCAGGGAGCACACGGGAAGAGGGUGCGCCGCAUGAUGAAGGUCAUCGAUGCGGUGCGCCAGCUUCGCAGGAGCGACGGCGAAGCCGACACGGAAGCCACCGUCGACGCGCUUAACAAGAUAGCGGCGCCUGGCAUUGGGAUCUUCGCGGAUGCCCUCACGGUGCUCAACGCGGACGCCGUAGCGACCUAUGCUGGGCAGGGUAAGGGCGUCAAAGGGCUCGGCAAGACGGAAUUUUCCAAGCUUCGUGUCGCCUGUGCGUUCGUGGCGCGCGGGCUCAAGCCCGAAACGUGGGUCGCCGACCUGUUCCCGGACACCUGGGUUGAGCAGAUGAAGAAGACGUUGGCCGACCUAGCCCGCGAAAACGACGCCGGGCAGCUGCCUCCGACCAAUAAGUCGACCAAGCGCAAGAAAACCGCUUGA